UAAUGUUAUUUCAUUUCAUAUUUCAUGCAUGGUUAUAAUGGUCGGAGAUAAUGCAGAAUUUGAAUUCGUUCCAUACUACGAAGAUUUGAGAAUUAAGUACAUUACAGUUGUCAGUUUUCCAGACAGCACCUACAGAGCAUGUUGGAUGAUCAGUGGCUUUGUUUUAGGAGAUUAUAGUAGAAGCGACAGAAAUACAUUUGAAAGUACAAAUUGCGGCGAUCAAAGACAAAAACAAUCGAAAGAUAUUCGAAACAAAUUUUCAGUUAAGGAGGAAAGCGAAUCGAUUGAUCUUGUAUUUCAACCAACAUGUGCGCUACCUAACAAGAAACGUAUUUACAUCAAGUUCUCUACGGCUUUGUCAAGAAAAGCGUUCUCUGCUUUCAUUGAGAAAUACUUGGUGGGGAUAGAUCCUAUUUGGGUGGCUGGAGAAGAUCCUGUAGAGAAAGGGUUCAGCUGCCUGAUUCUCUGCUUCACAUUGUCCCGUCUAAUGGAUGACAUUUCAGCUAUUAUGAAGAUAAUACCAAAAGGUUGUAACAACAUGCUUGUUGUAAUCCACAACUGCAGGAAGGGAACCCCUCCUGGGCCAGUACUAAAACAUAAUCCAGAUGACUGCUUUCAGGACUUCACUAAUAUUAUCUACGGAGAUGAAGAAUGUUAUAUCUGCUCCCUCAACUUAGAAGCUAAAGAGAAAAUUCUAUCCUUUAUCGAUUAAAGCUUUUAAGACAGAAUGGCUUGAAUUAAGCUUGAGUUGCUGUAGUAAAGCAUGAGAAGACAGGGCAUUGCAUCUUAACGUAUGCUAAACGUUACAACGUAUUAGAAAGUGGUGGUGGUGUUAACCAACUCUUAUCUUUGACUUAACCGCAUGAAUACAGUCUUAAGAAAGCCAUGUUAUUUGAUGUAAUCUGAUGUUUGAUAUAAGGAAGUGACAGUUCUUGAUUAAAAAUCUGAAAAAAGUUAUUUGUUUGAAACUUUCAAAUAAAAGAUGUUAUAAUGAAUUAUUCAGAAGAGUUAAGUUGAGUUUUAAAAAAGUUGUUACUAUUAUCAUUUUUUUUUGGAAAAUGAAAGGUGGGUUUUUCCAACUAACAAUUAUUUUUGAAGGAGAGACAAGUGUUUCGUUCACACAAUACUCUGUAUCCGGAAAGUGAAUGCACUUUGAUAAACAUAAGACUACUUUUGUGAUGUUUUAACAUGUUUAAGUACAUAAUAAAAAAUGCGACGUUUUUAUAAAUCUUGUUGGAUAUCCCUGGUGAAAAAGGAAAUUAAUGAUUAUACAUGGAUUAUAACCCUAACUUAAUAACCGCUGCACAUCUCCUAAUCAAUUAUUAGCUCAGUUUAAAGAUUUUCUAUCAAAUGCUGUUGGAACAAACUGAAGGUGAA